UGGCAAAGGAGGAGGAAGAUAGGAGACCAAUUUAGCAGCAAGCAACGGCCAAAAUGGAUAAACCCUAGCUCUCUCCUCUAAACCCCUAGCCAUGGCGUCCCUUUAUCUACUUCCCCCUUUUCUCGCCCUUCCCCGCCAUAACUCAACAACUUCCAUAGCUUUACAACCUCCCAACUCCAUUAAAAACUCCCCACAUUUCGAGCUUUAUUCUUCUCUCAACCUCUUCAAAUCGCCUAAGCCAAAACCCCCACGUCCCAGAGCUUCCAUUAAUGGAGAAAGCAAUGGACCCGUCGAAUCCAAGAAACCCACUCGCCGAGGCAGGAAAAAGGGGUCCACAACAUCACCGUCUUCCUCAUCAUCUUCUUCUGCUCCGAAAAAGCAGACCAGGCGUUCGAGAAAAAGCCAACCCGAGAGUAAUAAUGGCCAGAUUUCGGAUAAACCCACGAAACAACAAACCCCACAAGAAGAAGAAGAACAAGACUCGGAUUCAGAACUGGAGGAUUACGACGACGGAAUAGGUUUCCCGUACGAAGACCCUCCUCUGGUCUGCUGCUUCGGCGCGGCGCAGAAGGAGUUUUUGCCGACGGUGAGGGUCUCCGACAACCCGAUGCACCCGGACAUCUACUCCCAGUGGAAGAUGCUCCAGUGGGACCCGCCGGAGUUCGUGCGGGCACCCGGCGGGCCUUCCUCCAAUGUCGCGAUAUCCCACGUGCGGCUUGGCGGGAGGGCGGCGUUCAUGGGGAAGGUUGGGGAUGAUGAUUAUGGGGAUGAGUUGGUUUUGAUGAUGAAUCAGGAGAAGGUUCAGACGAGGGCUGUCAAGUUUGAUCCGACUAAGAAAACGGCUUGUUCGUAUAUGAAGAUCAAGUACGAGGAUGGGAAGAUGACGACGGAGAUGGUCAGAGAGGCCGCCGAGGAUUCUCUGCUUAGCUCGGAGUUGAACCUUGCUGUGCUCAAAGAGGCAAGAAUGUUUUACUUUACUUCAGAAGUCCUGACAUCUCCCUCCAUGAAACGGACACUUUUCAAAGCGAUUGCAUAUUCCAAAAAGUUUGGGGGCCUUCUGUUUUUCGACCCCAAUUUGCCUUUGCCUUUGUGGAAAUCACGCGAUGAGACAAGGGAAUUUAUCAAGAGGGCCUGGAAUGAAGCGAACAUCAUUGAGGUGACGAGGCAAGAGCUGGAAUUUCUUCUUGAUGAAGAGUAUUAUGAGAGAAAGAGGAAUUACAGGCCCCAAUAUUAUGCUCAAAAUUACGAGCAAACGAAGAACCGGAGGGAUUAUUAUCAUUACACUCGUGAAGAAAUAUCUCCUUUGUGGCAUGAUGGACUUAAAUUUUUGUUCGUAACUGAUGGGACACUUCGAAUCCAUUUUUACUCCCCAACCUUUGAUGGCGUCGUAGUUGGGACUGAAGAUGUGCUCAUAACCCCAUUCACUUGUGAUCGGACUGGUUCUGGUGAUGCCGUCGUAGCUGCUAUUAUGAGAAAGCUAACAACUUGUCCAGAGAUGUAUGAGGACGUAGAUGUUCUGGAGAGGCAACUGCGCUUUGCAAUUGCAGCUGGGAUUAUAUCACAGUGGACUAUUGGUGGUGUGAGAGGUUUUCCCACUGAAAGUGCGACACAAAAUCUCAAGGAGCAGGUUUACGUACCUUCGAUGUGGUGAUCUGGAUGAUACUGUAGUUCUGAAAAAUGGAUGUGAAAUUUUUUCAGUUGUGAAAAGAAUUUUGUUCUGUUUUGAAGAUGGACGAGGAAAAAAUUGCUCUGCUAUACUGGUCUGGUGAGUUUUGUAUAAUUUUGAUUUAAUUAAACAACAAGACUAGUUAUUUGAUCUAGUGCAUUUCAUAGGUUAGAGACUGCAAGCAUAUUAUUGCAAUGCAGUGCGAUUUUUUGUGCAUUCUCUCUAUGUCUCCAAUCAAAUAGUGAAAUUACAUAUUCUCGGUACUUCUCCCAUAUUCUCCGUACA